CCUGGCGUUGCAAGCACCAUGCUCUACCAACUGAGCUACAGGGGACAAGUCUAGGGCACUAGGCAUCUAAAUACUUCAACUAAGAAUUUGAAAGUACUGAACAUGUUCAGUAAAACAAAUUGCAGGUUUGGUCAUUCUCAUGCACGCGCGCUUUCAUAUGAUUGACAGCGAUCAUCAUGCGCGAGAGGCUACCUACCAGUAACAAUGGCCUAGCUAGCCAGCUAACGUGCUCGUUGAUGUAGGCAUCACAUCUGAUAUUUUUACAGUACAACGAGAAUAAGAGUAACUGGGGUUAAUAGUCAAGUUAGCUAGCUAUAUGAAGUUAGUAAAAUACCAAUAACUUGGGGUAAUUUGCCUCAGGUGUUGAUGAACUCGGCUUGAAUGAUGGAUCACAAAAUGGAGCGAAGUCCUCCUACCAAUGGGACAGACACCGCGGAAUGGGGUCUUAGAAAAGCUAAACUUGUCGUGGCCGUUGCCAUAAUAAAGAGUAAACCUCCCGGGAGAAGUGGUCGGAGGCACGCUGAACAUUUGGCCAACACGCUGAGUAGCCAGACUGAGGCCUGGAAGACCAAAGCCCAGAAGCUGCAGGAGGAAGUGCUCAGAAUGCGUCAAGAACUCCUUCUCACCCAGAUGCUCUCAAAGCCAAAGAACACCAGUGGAACAGAAGCUGGUGGAGAUGACUUCAAGGACCUUCUCUCUCAGGACCUCAUGGGGCCGGGCUUGGUGAAAGACCUGCUCAACUCAGACAUGGACUCCGGCUAUGGGAUGGAGAACAACACAGAGACACUUCUGCCCACUCAAGACUCUGCAGAACCCAGUGCCCAGCCAGCCUUCCCAACUGUCGACACCACACCCCCCCAGAUCCCAUUCUCUAGCCUGUGUGAGGCAGGCUCUCGGGGGAAGGCCAUGCUGCUCCACAUGCAGUUUCUCCAGAGCCUGUGUGGGCUGAACAGGUUGGAGGGGGAGGCAAUGAGUGUGGAGGCUGGAGGGUUUAGCCUGGACAAGGACAGGUCGGUGGUGGCAGACUCGGUGUGCCAGCUGCUGUCCUGUGUGGUGUCUGCUAGUAGGGAUGUCAGACUCCUGCCCCCACACUCACUGCUCCUGCAGGCGUGCCGGGUGGUGGCCCAGGCAGUGGAUCACUGGCUCUCCCACAGACAGCCCUCCCUGCUUUUUGUGACAGGCAUGGAAGAUUCCCUGAAACAGCUCACUGAUGUUCUAUUAUGCAACGGCCAGCUCAACAGGUUCCAGGGUCAGGAGAGGCUGACGGAGUGUUUGAUCCUGCUGGGAGGGAGCAGCUUGCUGAGGUCCCUGCUCAUCCGUCAUGUCCUGUCUGAGAUCAACCGGCUGGCAGAACACCUCUGGAUCACCUGCCAGGGGGAAAGCAGCAAUGGGCCCGGCCAGUUUGACAUGUCCCUGUAUGAGAACUCCUUCUACCUGUUCUGGCUCCUGGAGCAGCUCCUUCAGGUCCGACAAGGACCUCCAGGGGCCACAGGGGGGACUGGACACCACUGGAGCCCAGAGCAGAAGGCCCUUCUGGGCCGGCUGGAGCAUAGCGUCUUGCUCCUGUCCGAUGACUUCCCUCUGUACGCCCUCUACAUGUGGAGGAUAGGGGCUCUCCUCGCCCCCUCCUCCGACAUCAACAACACCCAGACCUGAGACUGGUGUUCCAGGAACUAGCAUGGCACCGCCACACGCGUUUAAUUAAACCUCCAGGUUUUUCUACUUCAAAGGGCUGCAGAAGUUGGUGCUGUUAGUCAAGUAGGAUUUGACUGACAUGGCAGGACUUGACUGCAGUGGAGAAUGAGGUGGUGGCUCCAUUUGAUAUUUAUUGAGGUAGGCUAUCUCCUCGGAAGAAGAAGAAUCUAAAAAUAGUGUUGUGGCUCGUAUAGUAAGCUAAACCAAUUAUUCUUGUUGAAAACGUGUGGCAAUGUGAAAAUGACUACUGUGGAUGGCAUUAUGAGUUUUUAUUUAGACUGUAAAUGUAGAAUUAACAUGCUGAGUAUGGUAUGAGCAGCUAUUUACAGGAACAUAUUACUGUAAGGAAGGAAUGUACAGAAUGUUUUGUGCUUAGACAUCCACGUUUUAAUUUGUUGAUUCUAUUAGCAAGAUGUAGCAUUUUUACUAAAAUGAUUUGAAGAGAAAAAAAGCCAAAAAAUGUUUGUAUUCCAGAUUUUCCCCUUUCUCCUUACAGAUUAAAGUCCAUGUAAAUAUUUGGUUUUUAGAUCUGUUUAUGAAAGUAUUUAGUGAUAUAUUUAACAUGUUGUAAAUAAAAUAAAUCUGCCAUUUUAAAAGCAACAUCCUGC